AUGAGAGAGUCCAACGUCACUGGGCCGCCCCAGAACAGGGCCGUCACAGUCAUCACUAGCAUGAUAUAUGACAGACGAGCCCUCGACACAAACAGCCCGUUGGCCCUCCUCAACUCCCUAACAGCCCUCACCUCCUUGACCGCCACUUCUCCUCGCAUCCGUGAGAUCUUGACCAUCGACGGUGGCCUGGAACGCCUUCUAGACAUACUGCGCGAAUCAUCACUCCCUAAAGAAGCACCCGUCCCCCAAGACCUCUGGGGCCUGAACGGUCCUCCUACCGCGCGAGUGAUCACUAUGGAGAGGGCCAACUCGCUCAAACACAGUCUCGCCUUCCAAUGCGUCGUCAAUGUCGGUGUACGAGGAAGCGAAAAUGUCAGGACGAGGGUUGUCCAGAGCGGGACGCUAGACAUCGUAGCGCAGAUCAUUGAAAGCUGGUUGAAAGACCACGGUAUAUCAAUACAUCCGGGGCCGCUGGGGAGUCAGGCCGCGGUAGACGCGUUCGCGACGGGUGUGCCGGUAUCAGGUACGGACAGUCUGAGAAGAAAAGAGAAGAGGGAAGGAAGAGACGAGCGAGACAGGGACAGGGACAGGGAAAGAGAGCGAGAAAGAGACACAGGCGAAAGAGGAGAGAGGGGAGAGAGGGGAGAGAGGAGCCAUCGUGGUCGGACUGUCCACCAUCAUCAUCAACAAGCAGAGGAGCCCACUCCUACUGCCACCAUCGGCCGAGGUCCGCCUGGAGUACCUCUUUCCACGGAUUCAACUCCCGACCCUGCUGCCCCCCAGCCUCGCCGGCCGUUUGGAGAGCCCGAUACAUCUCUAAACGACACAGACGUGGAUAUGGCGGAUGCCGAUGUUGAGGGCGGAGAGUCUACAGACGCUUCUAUGGACGCAGACGAUCUCAGCAUCGAUGUUGAUAUGGCAGUCACAGAAGAUGCCUUGGGCUCUGGGUUUGGCGCAUCUCAACCAUCUACCACCCCUCGUGCCGCUACCACUGUUUUGCCCAUGUCUAUCCCUUCUACUUCGCGCCAAGGCCGCGAAAGAGACUCCCAUUCUGGUGGUGUCGCCGAGUCUUUGUCGGGCGACGACGCCGCACCUCCAGCUGGGAUACCCCGUAUCACCUCGGAGAGUAACCUCGUUGCGAGCAACCCCGGGAUUCGCCCACCUACGCUCACCAUCGGUGGUCCAUCUCGCCUGCCUCACCUCGCCCAGGAUCCCACCAGCACGCAGUCAAGCCCAAUGGCUACUCCCCCUCCUCGGCAAGACGGCGAAUAUGUCAGCUCGGGCGCGUCCGUCCGCCACGGCAGGCGGGGCACCAUCAUCGCUCGCCAAGGCAACCUCGCACCUCGCAACGACCGCGAGCGCGAACUGACUCGAGGCAACGAAUCCGGCCAGUCUGAUGGCGGAGAAGAUAUGGACUUGCCCACAGCUACGAUCGCGGCCGGGAUUGCCGCUGUGAACGCCCAGGCGAUGGAGAACAAUGGGCCGAUCGUACCGGAUGAGCCAGGGCCACCGCCGAAUGUGGAGAUUGUGGAGACCACGGGAGCGGGACAGGAAGAGUUGGAGGGUCCCGAUCCAGAGGUAAUUGCAGCGGAGCAGGCGAGGCUGGAUAUGGAAGCUGGGGCGCCUCCUGGGCAACCUGGGGCUGCACAAACGCCCAGAGUCGCGCCCACUGAAGCACAAACGCCUAGACAAGCUCCUGGUCAAGACACUGUACCCGCUGUUGAAGCACAAAUAAUCAUUGCCAACGGUGCUCCGAGAAGCUUUGACAACCUGGGCAGCUAUGUGGGUAUCAGCUCGCUCUUGAAUCCAGACGGCAAUCGAUAUUCAGACGACAGCAUCCUCCUCGCCCUUCAACUCUUCGCCUACCUCUCGAAAUACCCACAUCUUCGCUCAGCAUUUCACCAUCCCCGGCGACCCAUCCAUGCGACCUUUGAUUACGGUGAUGAUUGGGCCAGCCUGGCUGAACGUCCCGGAAUAUCCGAGAAUCCCGACAUAUUCUCGCUCGUCGAGAGACUCACUUUCCGACCCUCACCUUCUGAUCCUGUCAUGUUCAAAGUUCCACUAGAGAUUCAAUACUGGGCUGGAGUGACCAUGAGGAACUCGUGCAGGAAGGACGAUGCUCGAGGGGGGAUUAGGCAGUGCGCAAACAUGUCUUGUGGACGGUGGGAGAAGUAUUCGAGGGAGUUUGCCAAGUGCAGGAGGUGCAGAAAGGCCAAGUAUUGUAGCAAGGAGUGUCAGAGUAGAGCUUGGCAGGAAGGUCAUAGAUUCUGGUGCUCCACCGGUAAAGACCACGAUCCAGCUCUCGAAGGCUCCUCCCGAUAUGCCCCGCCGCAAGCAGGUAGAGGCGGGGACGACGAUGAAGAUUACCAAAUUGGCUUGCAGAUGGGCCUCUCUCCUGAAGUCGUCUCUCGCGCUCUAGCGGCCGCCCGAGCCGCUGGAAUCAUACCUCAAAGAGGUCAAGAGUUCAUUGAAGGCGACGGUCCUGAAGGUCUCACUGGACCGACUACGACGGGCACGGUCACUCCUGCAGGAAACACCGCCGCAACUACUGCCGCUGUAACUCCUACCAGAGCUACCACAGGGCCGGCUGUGGCUCCUUCGCCUCAUGCCCCCAGAAGGCACGUUGAGCCUGGACAACAAGUACCGCCUCGAGUAGCGGAAGCUUGGGCAAGGUUCCAAAAUGUCGGUACCUUCCUGGGUAUACGUUCACCUACCGCUCCGGCGACAGCCGCUGUGGGAAACAAUGAUGUGGCUUCAGGAGCAUCCACGCCAGACGUGCAGAUCCCUGAAAUCUUUCCACGUACUCGUCCCCAACCUCCUCCGGCUCUCACCCCGAACACUGUCCAGGCGAUCCGAUCCGCCGCCAAUGAACAGGUUCAACAAGAAGCCCUCGCUCACCGAGUCGAGGAGGCUCUGGCGGCCCAAUCACGUGCAACUGGAGGCGGAUUGUCGGCAGAAGAUCAAGAGGCCCGAAGGUUGAGGCUGGAGCAAGCUCUGCAGCGAGUGCAAGAGACCCAGAGGUUACAGGCGGAGGCGCAACGGGCCGGGGAGAGCGUGCCUGUACCGCAUGGAACCGUUGGGAGUAGCUUUCAAUCAGCAGGCAGGGCGAGGGAAGAGGAAGGGGAUGCAGUGGAUGUGAGAAGUGCGGUGGCCGAUAGCUGGCUGGCAAGGCAGAGGAGUCCCCAUGCGGCUGCGUCUGGGUCGUCCGGAGAGCGGCAACGGCCGUUGGGGAACAACCAAGGGAGCUCAAGGAGACAUGGGAGGGGACCGGGACAUUGA